GUGAAUGAAGUGCACAGUGCUCUGAGGGCCUGGGUCAGGUUUCUGGGUCACUCUCGGCAACAACACUUUGUUCAGAUUCAGUCUGGGUGACUGCAGAGCACUGGGCCAGAACCAACAUAGUCCACCCACUUCUGGGAAGUGUGUGUGUGUGUGUGACUAAGGAAAAAGAGGAAAAGUGGGUGACACUCCUCCUUUGGCAGGUAUAUCUUUAUAUCCAGUGCAAGAAUCCUGAUUAGAACAUUUCCUCUCUCAGUUCUGGCCUUUAAUCAGAUGGAAAUAGCUGGACUCACAGGAAAAUAAGGCAGCACGAUCUUGACAUCCGGUCCACAAUGACUGAACUCUGUCUUCAAUCAAUCUUUUUGGCAGUGACUGUACUGCUUUUGUCACCCAUGAGCGAUGCCAUUAAGAUAACCCCACGGCCUAAGUACCAAUACACCAAGAAGCCUCCUCGAGAGUUGGCCCACACUACUGCGUAUGUUGGAAAAUCCACAGCCACAGCAAGGAUAGUGGACUAUACCAAGGCAAAAGACCGUGUUUCUUCUGUUAUCACAGAGAGUACCACUGUCCCUGCUAAUGCGUAUGUAGGUUACCACCCAGACACCACAGUAGCACCCAACAGUGUGCAGGAUAACUACACUCUGGACUAUACAGAAUGUUACCUCAACUUCUGCGAGUGCUGCCCUCCAGAACGUGGACCUGCUGGACCAAAUGGUGAGAUGGGGCCUCCAGGACCUCCUGGUCGAAAAGGGGACCCGGGAAUCAAAGGGGCUCUAGGACCAAUAGGCCCAACUGGGAUGCCAGGAUUGAAGGGUGACAAAGGAGAAAAGGGUGAGAAAGGAAGCAGUGGAUUUGCAGGCUCUCCAGGCAAUACAGGGAAGGCUGGACAGAAAGGUGAUACCGGACUUAAAGGCGAAAAAGGUGCAGGUGGUAUGCCUGGACUCAAAGGUGCUAAAGGUGACAAAGGAGAGCCUAGUGAAAAUGUAACUAAAGGUGACAGAGGUGAGGCAGGAAAAGACGGCCUACCUGGACCACCAGGCAUGAUUGGAGACAAGGGCGAAAAGGGUGAAAGGGGAGAAUGCGGACUGCUGGGAGAGAGAGGACAAAAAGGAGAACCAGGCGAACCUGGGCCCCCGGGUAUGAGGGGCGAUCCUGGCUCUUCAGGGCAACAUGGAAUGCAUGGAAACCCUGGCAUACCUGGAGAACGUGGUGAACCUGGGAGCCCAGGCAUCAAGGGGGAGCCAGGACCAAGAGGUCUUGAAGGAGCUCCAGGUUUAAGAGGUCUAAGGGGACCAAAAGGUGAAAGGGGUCUUCCGGGAAAGCGUGGCGACCGUGGUCUUCAAGGUAUAAAAGGGACAGCGGGUGACACUGUGGGGCAUUUGCGCUCUGCCUUCAGUGUAGGUCUCUACCCAAGCAAGUCAUUUCCACCCUCAGGCUUCCCAGUGCGCUUCGACAAGAUAUUCUACAAUGGAGAAAACCAUUACGAUGUCGCCACUAGCAAGUUCAACUGUACUUACCCAGGGGUUUAUGUAUUCUCUUACCAGAUAACUGUGAGAAACAAGCCUUUGCGUGCGUCACUGGUUGUGAAUGGAGUGCGUAAGUUGCGUUCACGGGAUGCACUUCAGGGCCAGGACAUUGACCAGGCCUCCAGUCUGGUCCUUUUGAAGCUUGCUGCUGGAGACCAAGUGUGGGUGGAGACCCUAAGAGAUUGGAAUGGUGCCUAUUCCAGCAGCGAGGAUGACAGCACCUUUUCAGGGUUUUUGCUGUAUCCUGACUGACAUCAAAAACAAACCAGGGUCAGGUAUUGCACUGAAAUCCACAUAACCAUCAUCUGUGAGAUUGAGAUACAGAUUCAAGAAAUGUGCUCGGGACUAUUUUUUUUAAUUCCAUUCCUGCCCACACUUGAGGGAAUUCUGACCAGUCCCUUCCACCCGCACAGACCCUCUUGACCCAUCCUGCCAUUUUUUUUUUUUGUUUCUACCUACCCGUGAUAUUUUCUAAUGAACGUAAUCGGUUCUGGUUCUCAAAAUAUAAGCAAAAUUAGUACUUUAAACCAUAUAUAAACUAACUAGGAUGCAGCAGUUACUAUGGAUGAAUGAAUAAAUGCUGGAAGUUCAUUGUACAGUGCGCAAACCACUGCAUCCAAUAUUAAAGAAUGUGGUCAUUCUUCCUACCACAAUCUUCAUAUCUGAAUGCCUGCUCCUGAUCUCAGGAAAGUAAAAAAAAAAUGCCUACUCCUAUGACACGUUUUUUUUUGUUGUGUCCGGCGGGAUCCCAGUCCUGAUGCAUACCCCUGAAACACUGUCUACUUAACCGUGUAUCCGGUCGACAUUCCCUACUACAUCUUCUGUUCCUGUAUUUUUAUUUCAAAUUCCUGUUAUUUUUAGUCCGAUGUGACUCCCUAUCUUACCACCAACUUACUAUACCCAUAAUCAUUUUUGUGACUUUAUUAUUAUUAUUCUUUUUUAAUUAUGGAAAAAAUAUUAAUUCCUUUUAUUUUUAUUAUUUUUUUCCUUUCUAUAAAUCUCUAAUAUUUUUGUCUUAAGCAACUAAGCCUUGAUAAACACCAUACAAUAUAACCAAUAUGUCCAUUUUUAGGCAAUCUAUGUAUUAUGUUCUGCAUUAAUUAGAACAAUCAGAAGCUUGUUAGCCUACAAAUAUAUACAUUCAUGCUGUAUUCCCCCAUAUAUGAAACAGUAACAUUUGCUUUGAAAUUUGUUUGACCAGCGUCCU